UAAAUUUGAGUUUUCCCGGGAACCUAGAUAGGAAUGUGAAAACAGACGUUAAGGUUAAAAAGUACUAAAAUUAGUAUUAGGUACAGAUAAUAUCAGCUAUUUAUACAUUCACUUAUGAGGGAAAAUUUUUCCUGUCAACUUUUAUUAUAGUUUAAUUUGUAUAGUUGAUGAGUUGAUAAUGGCUGUCUGGAAAUAUUUUGCACGAUUUUUUCGUUCAUACUAUACAAUUUUCAUUGUCAUAGCAGUGAACAUAUCUAUCUUUGCCAAUGGGAUGACAAUGGCAUGGUCCUCAACAGUUCUGGUGAAACUCGCUAGCGGAGAUGACAGUCCUCUAGGUCAUCCAAUAACUUUCCAACAGAUUGAACUCAUAGGAUCUCUUCUAUUUUUCACCGCAGCAUUUGCACCCCUACUGUUUAUGAGAAGCUGCGAAACCUUUGGAAGAAAAAGUACACUAGUAUUGUGCAUACUUCCAUCAGUAUUAGGUAAUGGGAUUUUGGUGUUUGCUAAAACAGUGGAGAUGUAUUAUUUAGCAAGGAUAUUGAAUGGGAUAACUAUAGGUCCUAUAAGUGGAUUGGCACAGUCAUAUCUAUCGGAAAUUAUUUUCCAAGAAAAAAAAAGAGGUUCAUAUUUGGCAAUAAACUCUCCUUCUGUGCAGGCAGGAGUACUGUUUUCAUACAUUAGCGGUCGGUAUCUUCCUGUUCCUAUUUUCAACGCAAUCAUAUUGGUCAUAACAUUGUUAUCGGUUGUUUUGAUAACUUUCGGAUGCCCUGAAAGUCCGUAUUUCAUAUUGGAAACCAAAGGCAAGAAAGCCUCAUUGAAUAUAUUGAAUAAAUUACAAGGAGUAGAUGUGGAAAAAGAUUUGUUGGAAAUCGAAGAGGCUUUGACGAAAGAGACACAAACAUCAAUUUUUGACGUUUUCAGAUCUAAGGAGAACAUGAAGCCUUUUGUCAUGGCGACCAUGCUACUAGUUCUGCAGCAAUUUUCAGGUAUUGGUAUUUUGAUGGCGUACAGUCAGCAGAUUUUUAUGAAUAGUGCUGGAAUUUUACCUCCAGAACAGUGUUCGAUAAUAGUAGGAAUCAUUCAAGUUUUGGCGUCAAGUGCUACAACUUUUACGUCGACAAAAUUCCCUAGAAAAUCUUUAUUGAUAUUUUCUUUGUUAGGAUCAGGCCUUUUCGAUUUCAUCCUUGGCAUUUACUUUCUCUACGCGAAAGAUUUCAUCGGUUUUAACUGGGUACCACUGGUUGCUAUGGUAUCAUUUGUAAUUUUGUAUAACUCAGGGUUGGAUCCGAUCCCUCUGGUAUAUCUUGGGGAGAUAUUUCCUUCACAUUUGAGAUCUGCCGGGACUUCGGCUUGUAUAAUUACCAAUUGGGUAUUAUUUUCGGUUUCAGCUUAUACCUUCGCUAAACUUGAUGUCGGUAUUUUAUUCCUUGCUUAUUCAGUGAGCUGUUUGUUUGGAGUUUUCUAUGUUAAAUUCUGUAUAACUGAAACCAAAGACAAGACUUUGAGAGAAAUUCAAGUGGAAUUGGAGACAUAAUUUUCGAUAUAUUAAAAAGUUUUCAAAAAUACGAUGUAAGUAAAGUGAAUACACUAUUGGAUGUAAUAAGCACAUGCAUUGUAUUCUUGAAAAUUGUAUUUGAUAAAUAAAUGUUGGUUAUUAUUGUUUAUGAGUAUGGGUUAUUUACUUUCAUUCUUAUUGAUGAUUCCUAAUGAAACGCAACUGAUGAUUAUGAAAAUCAUGGAAUUGGGGCAAUUCAGCAUUGAAUGUAAUAAGCACAUGUACUGUAUUUUUGAAAAUUG